AUGGUUUUGGACACCAACUCCAGCCCAUCUACAUUCCUCUUAAUCGGCAUUCCUGGGCUCGAAUCAGCCCAUCCUUGGUUGGGCCUCCCCUUCUGCAUUAUGUAUAUUGUGGCACUUCUAGGAAACUCUGCCCUCCUGCUUGCCAUCCGACUAGACCACACCCUGCACAGCCCCAUGUUUUAUUUCCUGAGCAUGCUGGGAGUUAUCGACCUGGUCAUGGCUACUUCUACAGUACCGAAAAUGCUUGACAUCUUCUGGAAGGGCUCUCCAAAGAUUGGCUUUAAUGCCUGUUUCAUCCAAAUGUUCCUUAUUCAUUCCAUUACAGCUAUGGAAUCAGGGGUCUUGUUGGCCAUGGCCUUUGAUCGAUAUGUUGCCAUCGGCCACCCGUUGAGAUACGAGACAAUCUUAACACCCCAAAGGGUGGCCCAGAUAGGCCUGGCUAUUCUGAUGAGAGGGAUAUUUUUCAUGGUGCCUUUAAUCUGGAUGGUGAGCAGCUUGCCAUACUGUGCUUCCAGAUGGGUCCCUCAUUCCUACUGUGAGCACAUGGCGGUUGCAAAACUGGCCUGUGUGAAUUCUACAGCCAGCCACAUCUACAUUAUGGCGGGGUCCACCCUGAUCGUGGGGAGCGACACAGCAUUCAUUGUUAUUUCUUAUGGGCUGGUGCUCAGAGCCGUGAGGAAGCUGAGCAAAAAGGCAGAGCAGUGCAAGGCCUUCAGCACGUGCAGUUCCCAUAUUUGUGUGAUGUUGCUGUAUUACCUCCCCGGGAUGGCCUCCAUUUACAUCCAGGGCUUUCCUCAGGGCACACAGCCUCACAUCCAAGUCCUGCUGGCAAAUCUCUAUCUCAGCCUCCCGCCCAUGUUGAACCCAAUCAUUUACAGCAUCCGAAUGAAACAGGUGCGCAAAGCGCUCUGCAGGGUAUUUCUUUUUCUUAAGGGUCCAGUUGGGUGA